GCUGUACCUGACGAAGAGUACUAGAGUAUUAGACUAUCUGAACAUGGCUUUGAAUCGAAAUCAUUCUCAAAACGGAGGAGUUUUGAUUAACAACGGCGAGAGUGUGUUGAGGGAAUGCAAGAAUGUGGAGCUGUCCUUCAGUGAUGUCACCAGCAAGACAGACCUGCUGAGGGGGUCCAAGAAAGGGACUGUUUACCUCACUCCAUACAGGUUGGUGUUUGUGUCCAGUAAUGCCAAGGACAGCCUGGGGUCUGUGAUGUUCCCGUACUACCUGAUGAAGGGCUGCAGCAUUGAGCAGCCAGUCUUCGCCGCCAAUUACAUCAGGGGCACAGUGUCUGCUGAGGCUGGGGGAGGCUGGGAAGGCCAGGCUAGCUUCAAGAUGUCUUUUUCCAGUGGGGGAGCCAUCGAGUUAGGUCAACACCUCUUCAAACUGGCAACAAAUGCAUCUCGUGCCCCUCCUGCUCAAAACGGAGGUGCCUCCUUUGGCUAUCCCUCUCCUGGAGUAAUGAAUGGCUACGGCCCACCACCUGUUCCUCAGAACUACCCGUAUGAAUCCCCACCCCAGCAGAAUGGUUUCUACCAGGCUCCCCCAGGCAACAUGGGCUAUCCCUACCCUAUGGCAGCCGCAGGAAUGUACCCAUCUGCCCCUGCCUACAUGGCCCCACCUCCCCCGUAUCCUGGGCCCCCCCAAAACUGGGCAGCUCCCCCUGCAGGUAAUGCCAAGGCAGCAGAGGCAGCAGGCAGCGCCUAUUUCAACCCCAACAACCCCCACAAUGUCUACAUGCCCAUGGAACAGCCUCCUCCCUAUGCACCUUCUGCCCCUCCUGCUCCUUACCCAGGCUAUCCAGAGAAGAAGAACAACUAAAGCUCAAUAACCAUCAUCCACUAAUAAAUGCAACAGCAAAUUAUUAAGGGGAUGAUAAUUAUUAGACUGGAAAGGAAAGUAUAAAGUACUACAUUGACAAAAAGGCAAGAUUAUUUUCUGGCAAUUCACACAAGUAAUUUUGAGGCACAACAAUGUUGGGACAUUUUCAAAUGAUGAAUGGUUCCUUUUAAUCAUGAGUAAAGCUUUAUUUCACCCCCUCC